AUGUUUUCACCGCAACCCCACAACUCACCCCACAACCAAGGGGUUGUGGACGGCAUCAUAAGUGGCUGCAAGUCCUUCUGCUUGCAGACCAGCAUCCAUGGCUUCAACCACAUCGCAGCACCGAAGAGGCAUUGGAUUGAAAGGUUGCUAUGGCUGGUGGCGGUGGUGACGGCAGUGUGCGGCGUGGUGGACAUCUCGCUGGGCCAGUGGCAGCGCUACCGCGAGAACCCCACCGUGGUGACGCUGGAGAAGGACUUCCGCACGUGGCACUACACCAUGCCCGCCGUCACCGCCUGCGUACAGAACCGAACAAAUCAGGACAAGUUACAGAACGCUAUCAAAUCACGGUGGAACGUCACCCCGGAGUCCCACCCUACCAAAUACUUGUACUACAGAAGGUUCGUCGACGUGGUGACCAGCUCUGACCUCUACCACUUGGAGGGAUAUGAGGAGUUCGCAAAUGAUCCAGACCUGAACGUUGAUCUAUUUGAGUUGGUUGUUGAGCUGAUGCCUGAGCAAAGGGUCAAGCUAAGCACCGCAGAGCAAAUCACCACACCGCCGAAGUGGACCCCCGUGAUGACUGAAGUCGGCGCUUGUUAUACCGUCAACUCCUUGGCUAUCACCGACGUCGCGCUUGUUAAGCUGACUGUGAACGACACGAUGGAUCUCCCCACCACCUGCAAAUAUUCGCCGCAAGGAUGCUUGUUCGUCUUUGAAAACUGUGAUCCCAUUCAUUACUAUGUGCAUUCAGCAUACGACAUAGCGGAUGUGAUGACUGCGCCAUUCCCCGCCUACCCGUCCCUCAACAGCGUCUCCGACCUGAGCACCACGGAGACGCGUGCAGGGCCGGGCGUGCGGGAGCUUCAGCCCCGCAGGCGCCACUGUCGAUACACUGACGAGCCCACUGCAUCCGACAGACAAGUUCACAGCACUAACCUGUGUCGACAAGACUGCAAGAGUCGGCUGGCUCUACAGCUCUGUGGAUGCAAGCCCUUCUACUACUUUUAUGCAGGUAUUUAG